AUGACCAAACAUGAACUUGAUGUAUGCAGAAGAGGUGGAUGGACGCUGGUCAUGAAGAUCGAUGGCUCAAAGGUAUUAAAAUAUAAAUGUUCUCACAAGUUGCCACGUUUGUCAUCAACCUAAUUCCGAAUAUAAAGGUAAACUUACAAUAUUAAAUGGAAUUACAAGUUAAAUAGAAGAUAGUACUUUAUAUUUAUUACUCUAAAUAAAUGAGUCAACUGAUUUUUUUUUCCAGAAAACAUUUCACUACAAUUCUAAACUGUGGAGCAACAAAGUCAACUUCAACCUCUUAGGAGGGAAGACUGGGUUGGACACUCACGAGACCAAGUUACCGACUUAUUGGAACACACCGUUUAACAAGAUCUGUCUUGGAAUGAAGAUCGGUUCGCAGUUCAAGUCUGUUGUCAUCAACCAUCAAGCCAGAUCCCUGUAUUCACUGAUCGCAGAUGGUAAAUACCGAUCUGGGCCGUGA